CCACACACUCUCUCUAUAUAUAUCACAAAUACAUACGUACAUAAAGUUGCCUUCAAUUAAACCGUGUAGCUCAUCGCUCAUCCCUCCUUUAUGUCAUUGACUCAUUGUAGUAUAAUUAAUUCUUCAUACUAUAAAACCAACCCUGCACCGUACGUACCUCACCAACCCAUUUGAUGCUUUGAUGACCCUCUUCCUGUUGUGGUGGUUGGUGGUCAAUCGAGGCUUGGUGUGGCAUUUUGAGGUUGAAUUAAUCAAUGAAAUGCGAAGCUUGUGGUUUGUUGUGGUUGUUUUAGUUUGUUGGUCGUUCUCCACAGCAGUCGUAUUUGUACUGUCGUGCGACCAAGUGGAGCGCGACUCCCUCUUAUCUUUCCAUCAACAACUGGUCUCGUCUCCUCCUCUCGACUGGUCGUCCACCGACGACUGCUGCCAGUGGGAAGGCAUCGUCUGCAACGGCACUCGGGUCACCCGUCUCUCCUUACCCGGCCGCGGUCUCUCCGGAACCCUCCUCCUCCAAAACAAUAAUAAUACUAAUAAUAAUAAUAAUAAUAAUUCCUCCUUCCUCGCGCUCCUCCCAUAUCUUUCCCACCUCAACCUCUCCAAUAACCGCCUCUGGGGCCCUCUCCCGCCCGCCCUUUCCCCUUCCAUCCAUACCCUUGAUUUAUCAAGCAAUCGUCUCAACGGCACACUCCAUAAUUUCCCCAAAUCCAAUUUAACCUUCUUCAACAUCAGCAACAACAUCCUCACCGGCCCUUUCCCAUCUCCCGCUUCCAUCUGCUCACCUCUACUGACCAAAGCCUUGGAUUUCUCCUUGAACCGGUUCACCGGCCCUAUUCCCCCCGGCCUCGGCACCCAUUGCUCUAACCUUCAAGUAUUCCGCGCCGGUUUCAAUUCCCUCUCCGGACAACUUCCCGACGACCUUCACCUCGCAAAAUCCCUCACCCAACUCUCCCUGUCCAACAACCGCUUAUCGGGCCCCAUCACCAAAACUAUACUUAACCUCUCCAAUCUGAAAAUCCUCGAGCUCCACGUUAACGAGUUUUCCGGCGAGAUCCCCCGUGACAUCGGCCUGCUUUCCGACCUCGAACAGCUUCAGCUCCACACCAACAACCUAACCGGAACCCUACCCCAGUCCCUCGCCAGCUGUCCCAACCUCACCACCCUUCUCCUCAGGAACAAUCGCCUAACCGGAAAAAUCUCGGAUCUCGAUUUCUCCAUUCUCCAGAAUCUCCAAGCUGUCGACCUCGGCAACAACAGCCUCUCCGGGAAUAUUCCAGCCAGCCUCUGCCUGUGCCGUUCUUUGACGGCAAUCCGGCUGGCGUACAAUCAGCUGACGGGCGAAAUCCCCCCGUGCAUGGCCUCUCUCAAAUCCCUUGCCCAUCUCUCCCUCUCGGACAAUUACCUGUCAAACGUCAAUGGAGCCCUCAGGAUUCUAAGGCACUGUGACAAUUUAGCCGUCCUCUUCCUGUCAAGGUGCUUUAAGGAUGAAACGAUGCCGGAUCUAUGGCAUCUCGACGGCUUCCGGAACCUUCAGAUCUUAACCCUCGGAGGCUGCGGGCUUUCGGGCAAGAUCCCAUCCUGGAUUUCCAAUCUCAGGAGGCUCAAGGUUCUGAACCUGUCUUACAACCGGAUUACGGGACCCAUCCCAACAUGGCUAGCCGAUAUGCCUAGCUUGUUCGUUUUGAACCUUACUAAGAACAGCCUCACGGGCGGCCUUCCGCCGGAACUCAGUCGCAUGCCGGCGCUCAUCUCGGACAACACGAGCUCCGAUUUGAGCUACCUGGCGCUGCCGUUUUUGUUCGAUGCUCUUCAGUAUAACCGUUUGUUCAACCUGCCGAGAGGGUUGAAAGUUGGGAAUAAUAGUUUGGGCGGGAGUAUUCCGCCAGAGAUAGGUUCGCUGGUGCUUCUCCACGUGCUGGAGCUCAGCAAUAAUGGAUUUAAUGGGAGAAUACCUGAUGAGCUCUCGGGGCUUGUCAAUCUUGAGAAACUUGACAUGUCUGGGAACUGUUUGAGUGGGAAGAUCCCGGAGUCGUUCACGCGUCUCCACUUUUUGUCAACGUUCAGUGUGGCGAAUAAUGAUUUGGAAGGGGAGAUUCCUGUGGGGGGACAGUUUGAUACAUUCCCGGCAGCUUCGUUUGUGGGGAAUUCAAAAUUGUGUGGGGAUGUGCUGCAGAGGAGUUGUCCGGUGGUGGUGGGGUCAGGGGAAGAUGAGCUCGACAAUGAUGAUGAUGAUGAUGAUGAUGAUGAUGAUGAUGAUGGUUCAUUGUUCAAGAUCCCGUUUGGGGCUGGCUAUUUGGUCGGUUUUUUGGCGGUCAGCGUUACUUGGGUGUUCCAUUGUUCAUGCAAAAGUGCUUCUGGGACUGGCAGUCACGAGGAAACUGGGACUUUUGGGUAG